AUGUCCGACUCCCCCCAAUCCAAUCCAAAGGAUGUCGAGCAAGGUGCACCGUCGGGUGACGAGGAAGCACAAAUGAACGACCCUCAAGACCCACAUUCGACCGGGCUCGGCUACGAGUUCGAGGUUAAAGAACAAGACCGGUGGUUACCCAUAGCCAAUGUCGCGCGUAUCAUGAAGACGGCGCUCCCCGAGAACGCCAAGAUCGCCAAAGAGGCAAAAGAGUGCAUGCAGGAGUGUGUUAGCGAGUUCAUCUCCUUCAUCACCAGUGAAGCUUCGGAAAAGUGCCAGCAGGAAAAGAGGAAAACGGUCAACGGCGAGGACAUCUUGUUUGCUAUGAGCUCUCUGGGCUUCGAGAACUAUGCCGAGGCCCUAAAGAUUUACCUUUCCAAGUACCGGGAGCAGCAGUCCCAAUCCAACCGGGGUGAAAACCAACCGAACCGGCCCAGCAGCCAAGGCUACGGUGCCGCCGGCGGGUCGAACCCGGCGGGCGGUUUCGGCGCCGGCCUCCCCGGCCAGCAGGAAGGCGGAGACCCGCAGGCCUACAACCUCUACGGCGCGCAGCCUGGCCACAACGGUGCCGGGGCCGACUAUUGA